GCCAGCACCAAAAUGCCUCUCGUACGAUCCCUCUCGGUCACUUCUCUCAAUGGGCUCCCCCAGUGGGAAGAUGAGGACCUCCCGGUGGAGGAUUUAUUACUCUUUGAAGUGGCUUGGGAAGUCACUAAUAAAGUUGGUGGCAUCUACACUGUGAUCCAGACCAAAGCCAAAAUCACACUAGAUGAAUGGGGAGAGAACUACUUCCUCAUUGGCCCUUAUUUCGAGCACAAUGUGAAGACCCAGGUCGAAGUCUGUGAGCCUCCCAACGCAGUGGUGAAGAAGGCCAUGGAUACCAUGAGGGGCAAUGGGUGUCAGGUGUAUUUUGGCAGGUGGCUGAUAGAAGGGAGCCCGUAUGUGGUGCUGUUCGACAUAGGCUCGGCCGCGUGGAAUCUGGACAAAUGGAAAGGGGAAUUCUGGGAUGCAAGCCACAUUGGAAUCCCUUACCAUGACCGAGAAGCAAACGAUGCGCUCAUCUUUGGGUCGUUAACUGCUUGGUUCUUGAAAGAGCUCUCUGAUCAGCUUGAAGACAAGCCCAGCAUCAUUGCUCACUUCCACGAAUGGCAAGCAGGACCUGGGCUCAUCCUCUCCCGAUUCAGGAAGCUGCCUGUCGCAACCAUCUUCACAACUCAUGCCACGCUGCUGGGGAGGUACCUGUGUGCAGCAAGUAUAGACUUCUACAAUCACCUGGACCAGUUUGACAUAGAUAAAGAAGCAGGUGAGAGGCAGAUAUACCACCGGUACUGCAUGGAACGGGCGUCAGUACAUUGUGCCCACGUCUUCACCACGGUCUCUCAGAUAACUGCCAUAGAAGCAGAACACAUGCUCAAGAGAAAAACUGACGUCGUCACUCCAAAUGGCCUGAACAUUAAGAAAUUCUCAGCCAUGCAUGAAUUCCAGAAUCUGCAUGCCACCUGCAAGGCCAGGAUCCAAGAGUUUGUUCGAGGCCAUUUCUACGGCCAUCUUGAUUUCAACCUUGAAAGGACCUUGUUUUUCUUCAUUGCUGGGAGGUACGAGUUUUCCAACAAAGGAGCAGACAUGUUUUUAGAAGCUUUAUCAAGGUUAAACUUCUUAUUGAGGGUGCACAGGAGUGAUGUCACGGUCGUUGUAUUCUUCAUAAUGCCAGCAAGCACCAACAACUUCAACGUGGAAACCCUGAAAGGCCAGGCAGUCCGGAAGCAGCUAUGGGACACUGCACAUUCUAUGAAGGAAAAAUUUGGGAAGAAGCUUUAUGAAGCACUAUUAAGAGGAGAAAUUCCGGAUAUGAAUAAGAUCCUGGAUCGUGAUGAUCUGACCAUAAUGAAACGGGCCAUCUAUUCUACGCAGCGACACAGCCUCCCACCUGUGACAACCCACAACAUGAUUGAUGAUUCCAGUGACCCCAUCCUCAGCACCAUCAGACGGAUCGGCCUUUUCAACAACCGGACGGACCGAGUUAAGGUGAUCUUACACCCUGAAUUCCUUUCUUCCACAAGUCCAUUAUUGCCAAUGGAUUAUGAAGAGUUUGUCAGAGGUUGCCAUCUUGGGGUAUUCCCGUCCUACUAUGAGCCCUGGGGUUACACUCCUGCGGAAUGCACCGUCAUGGGCAUUCCCAGUGUGACCACGAACCUCUCUGGAUUUGGCUGCUUCAUGCAGGAGCAUGUGGCAGACCCCGCUGCCUAUGGUAUUUACAUCGUGGACAGGAGAUUCCGCUCUCCAGAUGAGUCUUGCAAUCAGUUGACGCAGUUCCUGUAUGGAUUCUGCCAGCAGUCACGUCGGCAAAGAAUCGUCCAGAGAAACCGAACAGAGAGGCUCUCGGAUUUACUAGACUGGAGAUACCUAGGAAGGUAUUAUAUGCAUGCCAGGCACUUGGCUCUGAGCCGAACAUUUCCUGAAAAGUUUGAGAUGGAACCAAAUGCUCCACCAAAGACUGAAGGAUUUAGGUACCCACGCCCUUCAUCGGUGCCUCCAUCACCCUCUGUUUCUCAGCACAACAGCCCCCAUCAAAGCGACGAGGAGGUCGAAGACGAGGAUGAGAGAUAUGAUGAGGAUGAAGAGGCAGAGAGGGAUAGGCAGAACAUAAAGUCGCCUUUCUCCCUCAGCACUGUGCCACAUGGAAAAAAGAAGCAGCAUGGAGAAUACAGGAACUGACUGACUCCAUUGGCUCAUGGCCUCGCAUGGGUGCCACCCCUUCCAUCGUACCUGUGUCACCUUAAAGGUCAAAUGGCUGCAACAUGACUUUAGGGGAGCUAAAUUUCUGAAAUACCAUUUUUCUUCUCCUUUUAUAAAUAGGUCUCAUGGUAUAUUUUUCCUGCCCUCCCUUUUCUGGAGGGAGAAGAAGAACCUUAGCAGCAUAUAUUAAACAUUAGGACUGUAUGCUGGCUUUUAUAUUUGAGCCCCAUAUUUGGCAGGGUUAUAGGGAAAGAAAACCACAGCUGCUAGAGUCACUACUAAGCUUGUCACUUUAGAAUUUUGCAUAUGCAAGUAUUUUGUGUAUGCAAGUGCAUUUGGUUUGUAUUCUGCAAGCACAGAUGUGCUCCUGUCCGCCACUACAAGUUCCUCUUCUGCCAGUUCAAAGCUUGUCCAAAUAUCUUUUGCUAGUCAGCUAGACUUCAAGCAUGAGACCAAAAAAGGCCCCAUAUUUAGACUCCUUGUAAGCAGGAUAUAUUGAAUUGCAAAUCAACUUUCGGUCAGUUGUGGAAGUCCCUUAAACAUUUUGAUACCUCCACUUGUGAAUAAUAUGUAGGUAGCAGGGUUAUAGCUGCUACUAAAAACGAUGUUUUUCUUGGCAAAUGGGCAAAACCAGUGUGCUCUCCUACAUUGUUUUUUUUUAAGACAGCAUUCUAAAAAUAUAGAUAGAAAAAGCAAAACUGAAAAUAUUGGCCAACAUCCUGGGACCUUUCUCACAAUCAUGGCUUCCAGGCAUGCAGGGAGGAAAUCUCAUGCAGGGAGGAAGGCUGCUGAAACUUACAUCCCUCGCAGAUGAUCAGUGGGUUUGUGCUGACUGUGCCCAGCACGGACAUAGAGUGCCCAGACAGAUGCCAGCUGCCCCAACAGCGCGGAGAGUCGGGGGCCGGGACGUAUUGUGUGCGGUGCAAGUGUGCAGAGAAUUUUGGGGGUUGUGUUGGCACUGGCCGGGAGGCUGCUCCUGUGUCAGCACCAUGCGGCGCUGACACACAAGCUUUUAGCUUGGGUUAAGGGCGCACUUGGACUCUUAACUUCAGCUAACAGGUGGGCCUCUUGGGCGGGUUUGCCACUGAGGCACCGCUGGCAGCCACACAGCCGCUGGCUGUUGUCAUGCACAGCCAAACCCGGGCUUAGCUGCCUUCACCCAGCCUUGGCUGUGCAUAAGAACAGCCUUCCUGACUGAAUUAAGUCUUAUUUAAAUUUAGUAGUCCUUUCGAGCAGUGUUUCCCAAUCCUUUUCAUCCUGAUGCACUCUUACAUUUCUUUUAAAAAAUGUACACAAUGUCCCCCUCCCGCACAACACAUAUCUUCAUUUUUUGAGGCAGAAAACAUGCCACUCAAAUUUUGUUUGUUUACUUUAGCUUCCUCCUCUUUAUUCUUACAUAAUAUUAAAAUUCUUAUUAAUAGGCAUCCCUCACAUACUCCUUGGGCUGAUUCACCUCAUAAUGCACCAGGAAAGAUGCAUCAAGUGCAUAAGGGAGCGAACCAACUCCAAAAGCAGGGAGUUUAAACUUGAUCCCUUAUGGACUGGGAAAGACAUGUGCAUUGUGGGACAAGUCAGUCUCAAAAGUGUGAAGUUUAAACUCCCCACUUUUGGAGCUUACUCAGAGCUUCAGCAUGGCACACUGGAUGGGAAACACUCUAGUGCUUUAGAGUAACUUUUUAGUAGUACUAUGUACUACUAGUAGUACUAUGUAGUAACUAUGGAGUAACUUAGGGUGUCAACCACUGAAAGCAAAAACCAAAUCCAGCCCACGUAGAAAACAUAAUCGAUAAGCUUCCCUCUCACCCAGGAUCCCAGACUUUGAAGAGUAGAUCUUUGUCUCUAGUUACAUACCCUUAAUUUUUUAUCAUAAACCCUUAGCAGAUAUGUCAUCGUCUAAGAGGGAACAAUCAUCAUUCUGUCCCGCAUUCCAAGCUCCACCUUCCAAUUCUCCUUCAGGACAGAUACAGGAUAUUUGUAAAAUCGCUCAAAUCUUAUAUGGACAUGCAACUUAAUUUCCUUUGUCAUCUGGGAAAUGUUUAAAAUCUCAGUGUUACAAAAAUCUAAAAUAUUACAUUUGAAUUUCACCCCACAUUUUGGGUCUGAAACUCAACUAUUUGCCAAGGCACUUGAGGGCAUGCUCUUUUACAUAUGCAAGUCCCUAAAAGUCCACCUCGAAAAAUGGAAAUUUCACUCAAUACUGAAAUCUUCAGAUAUGUGAUAUUCAUCUUCCUGUUUCAUUUGAGUUUUGGGCUGUGAUUCAAGAUUUGAGUAUUCAGGCUGAACAAAAUCUGUUUUCUCAAAUUCAUUUCAAUCCAUGAACUAAGUUCUUAUCCACUCUCUUCUGCUCUUGUAAAGGUAAAGGUAAAGUGUGCCAUCAAGUAGAUUUCAACUCCUGGCGCCCACAGAGCCCUGUGGCUUUCUUUGGGAGAAUAUAGGAGGGGUUUACCAUUGCCUCCUCCCACGCAGUAUGAGAUGAUGUCUUUCAGCAUCUCCCUAUAUCUCUGCUGCCCGAUAUAGUACCAGCAGAGAUUCGAACCGGCAACCUUCUGCUUGUUAGUCAAGCAUUUCCCCGCUACCCCACUUAAGGUAGCCUUCUGCUCUUGUAGCAAACAUUUAUUGAGUCAUAUGUAAGGUGCUAGUAUUCUCAAAGAAGGAUAUUUGGCAGCCAGCCCUUUACCAUCCUCUCUAAGCUACUAUGCCAGCUUGCCAACAGAGGGAGCAGCUGCACUGUGGUCAACACAGCAGGUAGUGGUACUGCAGCUGUUAGUUCAUCAGGAGUCAGGUGACACAAGGGACCAAUGGAGUCCCACCUGGCCCUAUAAAGCCAGACUGUGCCCCAUCUCUUCUUCAGUCUGAGCCACUUGCCUUCAGUUAAAGACCAAGUUGUUAUCAUCAUACUGUCCCCACCUGACCCUGAGCAGGAAAAGUGGGGUUGAAAAGAAAACAGGACAAGGUGAAUUCCUCCAAGAGAGUCUAGAGCAGGAGUGGGCAGUGUGUUGGUAGCCUCAUGGGAAUAGAUCAUUGUGCCUGGAAGGCCAAAGAGUAUGGGUGGGACAAACCAGACAUAUAUUGGGUUGGUUGUGAUCAUUUGGACAUGAUGCAAUUCUGUCCAUGUUUGAAUUAUUCAGAACUGAAAUGUGUUAUCCCAACCACUGCUUAAGAAGCAGCUUUGGCUUCUUGUUAGUUUUUAUCAUCAGUCUUCCCUUCUCACAGUUGCACUACCCCCCUGAGCCAUAAUCUAGAAACAUCUGAAUAAUCUAGCCUAAAGGGGGAUUUAAGCAAGAAUGUUUAAAAGGAAGUCCCUGCUUUUCCCAACAAUGUUGCUUAUUUUUUUAUUCCAUACUAUGGUCAUUCUCAGCAACUUGAAGAAAAUCAUGUGCAGAAGUAUCCUGAAGAUUUUGUUGUAAACUGGUGGAGCACAAAAACACUGUGUAUUAAUUGGUUAUCUUCGGUUUCAGACAACAUUUAUCCAUCUGAGUUUGUCUAGAUCCACAAUAAACCACCAGCGAUGAUUAUUUC